GAGCUGAACAGGCAGACAGCAAGAGAACAGCUCACCGAGCAACUCAUUCAAGAAAACUUUGGAUUAUAUUCCUUCCUGCAAAAAAAAAAACUCUCUUUGGAUUAUCCCUCUCGCAACAGGAACCGGUCCAGAAUGGAGUUGGCUUACACCAUCGUGCUCCUCAUAAGUUAUAUGACCUUCCUUGGCUCCGUCAUGGCAAGAUUGGAAGUCAGUCUAGGAGACAAAAAAAAAUGGAAUCUAAUUAGGAUGACUCGAAUGAAGAGAGAGUUGAUGGCACAACUACCAAAUGAUGCAAUGAUUGAAGGUUCUUUUGUCAGAACUGAAGACACUAAGGAUUCUAUGGUGCCUCAAAGCAGCAAUGGCGCCCAUAUCCGUGUGAAGAGAUACCGUCACAGCUUCAGCAACUACCCUCAGAGUUCCUACAGGGGUUGCAAAUUCGGCACCUGCAUCGUUCACAACUUGGCCAACCAGAUCUACCAGUACACUGACAAGGACAAGGACAGCACAGCACCGGCCAGAAAAAUCAGCUCCCAGGGCUAUGGCCGCAGGAGAAGGUCUGUUCCUGAGAGAAGGCUUCUUCUGCCCGUGGUCAAUGGUAAAAUCCAACCAUGGUGGGUCAGCACCAGAAAUGCCCAGCAGCCCUUGGACAUUAACGUAGCAUCCAUGCACCAAGAAAGCAGCACGUUAGAGACCAAAGGCAAACUGCUACAGACCUUGUUGAGGACUUAAACCAAGAACUGAACUAGUGGAGGUGUUGUUUCUAAAAAAGAAUGAAGGUGAAAGCUAAGGCUCUCCUUUCUGUGGUCUAUGGAAUUCCUCGUUACCAGCUCAGUGAACCUUUAGAAAGGAUUGGGAAGAGGAUAGCAGGAGCCGACCGUGGCUGAUGAAGUAUUGUUGUAGUAAGCCGGGAGGUCAGAACAUGGUCUUCAAGUUUUCGCGAGGCAAAGUUGGGAAGACUGUGAAAUUUUCUUGUCCAAUGUAGGAUGUACAAUUUUGCACUUGUAAGGACCUUUGAAUAAGUGAGCACUGAUAGACCAUACCAAAAAAAAAAAAAACUUAUGGGGUUAUCGUGAACUUGGAAGCUUUCUGGUUAACCAGGUUCGUUCAUGGAGAUGUUGAAGCAAUAGUGAGUCACUCACUUGACCCUACUCUUGGGUCGAAAGCUGGAAAAGGUGCAGCGAAGACUUAUCUUGGAUGCGUCAAAUAGGAAAGAACUGACCUCAGCUAGGGACAGGCGAGUCCCAAAUGUCAACGACUUCUGAUUGUCGGAGAAGUAUUCAACUGCCCCCGAGUUGACGGCUUCCCUGGCAACAAAAGGUUUAACUCCCUGAAAAAAAAACCCUUUCCCUUUUCCCUUUUGCCGCCCUGUCACUGCCAACGGACUUGUUACAGAGACUCUAUAAUUCCCAUAUAAAGACAAUCUACUAUUUGAACCUUUUUAUUUCCCUGGUUCCUCGUGAACUAGACCUAAUACUUGAACUUGACGUGCAAUCUACAUUAUUUUUAUAUUUGUCUACGUAAAAGUUGACUAUUCUUUAUUUAAUUACUACUGUUCAUGUUUGUAUUGUUCAAAGUGAAAGUUAUUUUUUUACCUGAAUAUUAUAAAUAUAUAUAUAUAUAUAUAUAUAUAUAUAAAUAAGGGCAUUGCAUCUAUUUUAUGAAGAUAUUGUUCAAUGUGAUCUGUAUUUUUCAUUCCUGUUUUAUGAAGAGUUACUAUAUGUUACAUUUUAUUACACCUGCCAAUGGGUUACAUUGAACUAUAAUAAAAUCAAAAAUUCACCAGA